AUGGAUCAACUUGAUUCUCUUCAUGAUUUAUUUGAGCACCACAAAAACGACAGCCAAGCCGUUGUUCAUUUAGCUGCAAUGAUGGAUUUCCAUCCUCUCAACAGCUGUUCCAGCAAUGGGACCUCUUUAAUUGAAAGAAUGAGAUCCGUCAACAUAGAAGGAAGCAAACAAAUAUUUAAGGAGUUUCUCAAUAGCCCCGAAAAGAAGGUUUUUAUUUUUGCAUCAUCGCAAGCGGCCAUGGGACCUUCUGAAGGAAGUAUUCCAAUGGAUGAAACGUCUCGGUGUCACCCAGUGUUUGAAUAUGGAAAAUCAAAACUCGAGGCAGAAAAGGCACUCGAACAAAUGUUGGAUGAAUAUCAAAAAAAUCCCUCACAGGGGCCAAAGCAUUUGUACAUUUUAAGAUUUACAGGAGUAACAGGAUUAGGAGACAGAUAUGCUGCCUUUGAAAUGAUUCAAGCUUCUUCUUUUGGCGUCAAUUCAGUGGCAUAUCCAGGUAAUUGCGAAAAAGGGCUUAUUUCGUUUGUUCACAUUAAUGACGUUUGCAGGGCUGUCGAGUUGUGUUUUCAAUACAGCGAAACAAAGAGUGAGGAAACAUUUUCAGAGCUUUUUAUUAUUGGACCAAAAGAAUCGUCUACUGUUAGACGUAUUUUAGACGUUUGUUGUGUACAAACUGGAUGGCCAACUCCUUUGUUUUCUAUUCCUCUUCCUGUGUUCAGGUUUAUGGUUGGCUUGUUGAGCCCUGUGAUUAAUUGGGCUAGAUGGAUGAUUUUUGGAAUUCAAAGGGCCUCGUUUCUCUUUGCUUCUGAUACAAUCGAUUGUAUGGAACAAAACAACGCCUAUUCUUCUCAAAAGGCCAUUUCAAAGCUUGGAUAUAAUCCUUUGACAUGCGAAGAGGCCUUUAUCAAAAGUAUUAAGGAACACAUGCAAUCGGGUGCAAUUCCACACUACGAAACGGUAAGAAAUGUUCGCAAGGGAUUGCUUGUUGGUUCAGUUAUCUCCAUUUCAUUUUGUGUUAUAGGAUUUUUGUAUUUGAAGAACAAAGGCAUUGAUUGA